AUGACUGUCUUGAACGAAAACCCUGCUCAAUUUGAGUUUGCUACAUUCAAUAGCCUGAAGAUCGAUGCCCAGCGGCCAGCCUCGACCAAGGCUCCCUUUCUUUUCAUCGUCAAGACCCCCUCCUCCGACACAUUAUCUCGCUCCACUACCCGCAGCGCGGCUGCCAGCAUCAACAGCCAUGCUCAACGAUGGGCGCAAGAGGUCGCAGUAUCCCAGGGCGCCAACGGAGCCGCUGGCCGACGGGAUACCGACACACUCGCGUUCGAGAAAUGCAUGAUGAGAUGUCGUGUGUCUCGACUGCUUGAGGACCCCAGCAAGCCUGCGAAGUCAAAGCGCUCCGGUUCGGGGAAGAGAGUCAGCCGGUCGGCGGAGAAGCGCUCAAGGAGAACGACGCCCCAGCCAUCUGAGAAGACCGGUGGUACGACGAGCGAGAAAGGAUCCUCGACCAGCCCUGAAGCCGAGCCACGACCACGAGCCAUGUCGGAUGAGCGUCGAGUAUCUCAGGCGGCGCCACUGUUAACUCCUGGUGGAACAAGGUACGCGGUUUUGGACCCCUUCGACUCGACGCCCCUGGCAAACGACGGCGACGUGCAGCCGAUCCUCCAAUAUUUUCUCUCCUUUACGCUUCUGUCCUCGCCACAGGCAAGCAGUAACGGCCACAAGCCGCCCGACGCCGCCACGAUCCAGCACAUCUCAAGCAUCAGCGCCAUCAUGCAGGGGUGCAUGAACAAGAGCGUCCAUCUGUACGCCCUCUUAGCGGCCACGGCCAGCCGCAUGCGAAGGGUCUCUGGAGUGUCAUUCCGUGCGGACAACGGACCGGAAAUCUAUCUGCACAAGGCCCUCCAAUGCCUUCGGAUGUUGCUCGACAAUGACAGCCAGUCGGCGAUCCAGGACCGGCAGAUCAUCCUGGACAUCUAUUAUCUCAGCGUCUGCGGCUGGUACAUGGAGCGGUAUGAAGAAUCCAAGACGCACUUUAACGUCCUGAAACAUUUCUGGAAGUCGCUGACCCCCGGGCUGUCGACUCUGGACCAGUACAUCUACGACCUCCUCAGCUACAAUACCAUCUUCCUCGAGGCCGACGCCUCGAAGGUUCUCGACUCGAUGGGCCCUAAUCGGUUCGACCACCUCGCCGGCCACGGGACGAUGCCCCAACCUCUCGCUUGGCAACCCCAGUACCCAGUCUCGGUCCGCCACUGCUCCGCCCUGCCCCGGACGCUCGAGCAGACAAGCUACAGUCCGGAUCUUAGGGAGAUUGUGCAAGAACUGCGAUCGCUCCUGCUUUCCUACAACACCCUCUCCCAGCGGUCUAUACUUCCCGGGCCCGAGCGAGACGGGAUCCAGUGGAAGAGUCGGUCGCUUGCCCUUCGUUUGCUCGAACAGCCCAGCUACGGGGACGAGUUGUGCUGCCGCUUGGCGCUGAUCAUCCUCCUCCGAUCCAUCUCCACGGGCUUCCUGUUGCGCGACCACCCCGACAACGACAUCCCCGUCGACCCGGUCCUGGUCACACGGCGCUUGAAGCUGCAACUGCAGUAUGAGAUCCUGUUGCCGGCCAACGAAAUCUCCCCCGUCGCGCUACCCACCGCCCCGCAGAUCUGGACGGGCAAGUCCAACCAUCUCCUGCUCUGGAUCUUGAUUGCCGGGCUCUUUGGCGCCCGCCUGACCGACCAGAAGAGCGAAUACGACUGGUUCUGGAGCCGGGUCAAGGCGUUGAUGCGACUCUUGGAAGUCAGCACCAUGUCCGGGCUGCGAGACCUCGUCACGUCGUUUGCCUUUGUGGAGGGCAUGCUGGCCGACCAGAGGAUCGACGGCGUCCUGGUCGACGAGGGGCCCGAGUGA